AUGACAGGAGGAAAGGGUAAAGAAAUUGAUGUUUCUGACAAUCCAGCGCAAAAUCAACCUUCUAAUAAUGAUCCAGCAACAGCUAUACUUCGUGAUAAACCCGCAAAAAAUAAGCUUAUUGUAGAUGAUGCAACCCAAGAUGAUAAUUCUGUGAUGGCACUUUCUACAGCCACUAUGGAAAAAUUGCAACUUUUCCGUGGCGAUACUGUAUUAGUAAAAGGCAAAAAAAGACGUGAUACAGUGUUAAUUGUUUUAGCAGAUGAUAGUUGUGAUGAUUCUAAAGUAAAAAUUAAUAAAGUACGUCUUGGAGAUGUAAUAUCAAUACAUCCAUGUACCGAAAUCAAAUAUGGAAAGAGAAUUCAUGUAUUGCCAAUUGAUGAUACAGUUGAAGGAGUAACAGGAAACCUUUUCGAAGUAUACUUGAAGCCUUAUUUUUUGGAAGCAUACAGACCUGUAAGAAAAGGUGAUUUGUUUUUAGUUAGAGCUGCCAUGAGAGGUGUUGAAUUUAAAGUUGUAGAAACAGAACCAGCAGAUUAUUGUAUUGUUACACAAGACACAGUGAUACAUUGUGAAGGUGAAGCAAUUAAACGUGAAGAUGAAGAAUCAAAUCUUAAUGAUGUAGGCUAUGAUGAUAUUGGUGGCUGUCGUAAACAAAUGGCACAAAUUCGUGAACUUGUUGAACUUCCACUCAGACAUCCUCAACUUUUCAAAUCAAUUGGUAUUAAACCACCACGAGGUAUUCUUAUGUUUGGGCCUCCUGGUACCGGUAAAACUUUAAUCGCUCGUGCAGUAGCCAAUGAAACUGGUGCAUUCUUCUUUUUAAUUAACGGUCCUGAAAUAAUGUCAAAGAUGGCUGGUGAAUCUGAAAGUAAUCUGAGGAAAGCAUUCGAAGAAGCAGAAAAAAAUAGUCCUGCCAUAAUUUUUAUUGAUGAAAUUGAUGCUAUAGCUCCAAAACGUGAAAAGACAAACGGUGAAGUAGAACGUCGAGUUGUUUCUCAACUCCUUACAUUAAUGGAUGGUAUGAAAGCUAGAUCAAAUAUUGUUGUAAUGGCAGCAACUAAUCGUCCAAAUAGUAUUGAUCCUGCACUUAGGCGUUUUGGACGAUUUGAUCGUGAAAUUGAUAUUGGUAUUCCUGAUCCAGUUGGACGUUUAGAAAUUUUACGAAUUCACACAAAAAACAUGAAAUUAGGAGAUGAUGUUGAUUUAGAAAAAAUCGCAUCAGAAACUCAUGGUUAUGUUGGUUCUGAUAUAGCUUCUUUAUGUUCAGAAGCUGCAAUGCAACAAAUUCGUGAGAAAAUGGAUGCUUUCGAUUUAGAAGAUGAUACUAUUGAUGCUGAAAUAUUAGAUUCUUUGGCAGUAACUAUGGAUAACUUUAAAUAUGCUUUAGGGGUUUCAAAUCCAUCAGCUCUUCGCGAAACAGUCGUUGAAGUUCCCAACGUUACUUGGCGUGAUAUUGGAGGUCUUGAGAAAGUUAAACAAGAACUUCAAGAAACUGUACAAUAUCCUGUGGAGCAUCCAGAGAAAUUCUUAAAAUUUGGUAUGUCACCUUCAAAAGGUGUAUUAUUUUAUGGACCGCCUGGUUGUGGUAAGACUUUAUUAGCAAAAGCCAUUGCCAAUGAAUGUCAAGCCAAUUUCAUUAGUAUUAAGGGACCCGAGUUGUUGACUAUGUGGUUUGGUGAAUCUGAAGCAAAUGUACGUGAUGUUUUUGAUAAAGCAAGAGCAGCAGCACCAUGUGUGAUGUUUUUUGAUGAAUUGGAUUCUAUUGCAAAAGCACGUGCAACCAACAGACCUGACCAAAUAGACCCUGCUUUACUUCGACCUGGACGUCUCGAUCAAUUAAUUUACAUUCCUUUACCCGAUGAGCCAUCAAGAUUGGCAAUCCUUACAUCAAUAUUACGAAAAUCACCUAUAGCUUUAAAUGUAGAUUUAAGCUUCCUAGCUAAUAAAUCACAUGGUUUUUCUGGAGCAGAUUUAACAGAAAUUUGUCAACGUGCUUGCAAAUUAGCAAUUAGAGAAAGUAUUGAAAAGGAAAGAGAACGUGAAAGGAUACGUAAAGAUAGAAUAGAAGCCGGCGAAGAAGCAUUAAUGGACGAAGAUAUGGAAGAAGAGGUGGAUCCCGUACCAGAAAUUACCAGAUCGCACUUUGAAGAAGCAAUGAAAUUUGCACGUCGUUCAGUUUCUGACAAUGAUAUCCGUAAAUAUGAAAUGUUUGCACAAAACCUUCAACAAUCUCGAGGUUUUGGAUCUAGUUUCAAAUUCCCUGAGGGGGGCGUUGGCGGUAGUUCCACAGAUGGUCCAAGUGGUGGGGGUAAUGCUAUGGAAGUUACAAAUUCUGGCUUUGGCCAGGAGGCAGAUAGUGAUUUAUACGAAUAA